UGGCCGUUUUGUGGUCGUACAAAUUGAUCCAGCCGUCUGUCGGCGGUUGAUCUGAACAGGGCUCGUGCCUCGCUAGGACUACCCCGUAUCUUGUCAGACCAACAACGCCCCUCAUCCACCCCGUCGUGCUGCUUGGAGGCAAGAAUCGCCAUCUCACCAACCACACCCGAAUUUACUUCUUGAAGAAGCCCAAGUAAACAUUCUCAUCUCAGCUCGCAGCUAGCAUGGCCACAACGACCACAGGCCUGAGCCCCUCACAGCUCGCAGCUUUCCAACGGGAUGGCUACCUCAUCGUCCCCCAGGCCCUGGGACCAGAGACGGUCUCUGCUUUGCUACAGGAGACCCAGAACCUUCUUACCGGCUUUGACCUCAAGUCGCAUCCCAUGACGCGCUUCAGCACAGGCACGACAUCUGAGCACGUGGGCGAUGACUACUUCCUCACAUCCGGCGACAAGAUCCGCUUCUUCUUCGAGGAGGACGCCUUCAACGAGAACGGGGAGCUGGUCAAGCCGAAAGAGCGGGCCAUCAACAAGAUUGGACAUUACCUGCAUGCGUUGAGCGAGCCAUUUCGCCGGCUGCUCAGUGAAGAUGGCCAAGUCAAGCCUGCUGAUGUGGCGAGGGCGCUUGGGUUCAAGGACCCGCGAUGUCUGCAGAGCAUGGUGAUAUGCAAGCAGCCCGAGAUUGGAGGAGCCGUGCCUCCUCAUCAGGACUCGACGUUCUUGUAUACAAAUCCGCCAUCAGCCGUGGGGUUCUGGUACGCAUUAGAGGACGCCACGCUGGAGAACGGCUGUCUUUCCUUCUUGCCGGGAUCGCACAAGUGGUCUCCUAUCACGCAUCGGCUGGUCCGAAAGGCUGGUAACGCGGGCACCGAAAUGGUCGAGAACAGCGGUCCGCAAUUCCCGCCUGGCGAAGAGUAUGGGGUCGAGAAGCCGACCGAUGCUGAUGACAUGACCUAUGUCCCGGGUGAAGUCAAAGCUGGAGACUUGGUCCUCAUCCACGGAAACUUGUUACAUAAGAGUGAGAAGAAUACCAGCCAGAAGGGGAGGAUCAUCUACACAUAUCACAUCAUUGAGAAUCAGGACCGACAAUAUGAUGAGAGAAACUGGCUGCAGCCGUCGCAAGAGGGCUUCACCAAACUGUAUUGAGAGGACAAAGCAGUAGUGCAUAUCCGACAUUCCCUGGGGUAUCUAUGUCUAAAAUCCAACCCAUGUGGCCAUUUGUACUAUGGUACAAUGUAAAUGCUCUCUGAAAACCCAAAACCAUGACCCGUAAAUUGAACCGUGCACCGUCAUCAGAGCUCCUCAUCGCUAUCAUCUGAAUCCGA